AUGUACAACAAAGCCAAGAUUGCUAUGGUACUGCGAGCAAACACCGGAAGUUCUGCUGUACCCCAAACCAGCAGUCCUGUUGUUAUCCGAGCCCUCCGCAGAAUAUUGUUCCGUAGCAGAGCUAUGCUGACUCUGGGUGGGUUGGGCAAGUCUGAUACUCCGAUGGCAUGCUUUCUCGGCAUCUCAGCUGAACAGCCACAGCAAUGGAACAUGCCCGAACGACUUGUGAUAUAUCCUUCACUCUCCUUCAAGAACGUGGAGUAA